AUGCCCGGACGCCUCGACCGAAAACCGCAAUACGGACAGCGCCUUUUGGUCAAUGUCGUUGAUGAGUACGCGGCUAACGAGCCUGAACGCACGUUUGUCUAUCAGCCUUUAUCCAGCAACCCCAAGGAUGGGUUUCGUCCCAUCACGUUCAGGGAACUCUCCAACGGAGUGAACCAUCUCGCUCGCGAGCUCCUCCGAGAGACUCCAGAACAGAUCGACGAGAAAGACGAGUUUCCCACGGUGGCCUAUAUUGGGCCAAACGACAUACGAUAUGUAAUUGUCAUGCUUGCCUGCAUCAAAGCUCAUCACAAGGCUUUGUUCAUUUCGCCUCGCAACAGCAUUGAAGCUCAGCUUUCGCUGUUCAAAGCCACGGACUGCACUCAAAUCAUAUAUGACGCCUCGAUGAAAUCCGCGGUAGAGACAUGGCUUCAAUCAUAUCGCAUGCCGGCAACGGUAGCUCCCGACAUGGACGUUUGGCUUCAGUCGACGGCGCCUCAUUUACCAUACGACACGCCGUUUGAAGAGGCGAGAUGGCACCCAAUGCUGGUUAUGCAUACCAGCGGCUCAACGGGCAUUCCAAAGCCCAUUGUUGUUCGCCAAGGAAGUCUCGCCAUCGCGGAUACUCUCCGGGACGAACCACCUCUGGACGGUGCUCCUUCAAUGUGGAGUUACUGGGCGACCGCCAGCUCAAAGAUAUUUUCGCCCAUGCCCUUAUUCCAUAUGGCUGGAACUGCGUGCACGGCUAUAUUCGGAAUAUACUAUGGUGUCCCCAUGGUAUAUGGCGUAUCGAAUCGACCCCUGAGCGCUGACAUGGUUGCCGAAUGCCUUGUCCAUUCGCAGUCCGAUUCGGCUUUGCUCCCUCCGUCCAUCAUUGAGGACAUGAGUGUGAACGACGCACACGUUAAGCUCUUGGCCAACCUCAAGCUUACGGGCUUCGGCGGAGGCAAUCUCUCCCCUUUGAUCGGAGAUGAGCUUGUUAAGAAAGGUGUCAAGCUUACAAACGUAAUUUCUUCGACAGAGAUUGUACCAUAUCUGAUUCACUACCAGAAAGACCCUGAACUAUGGCAAUGGAUCAUCAUCAAUGCUGAAGAAAUGGGUGCUCAGUUUCGCCUAAUCUCGGACGAUGACAUAUACGAAAUGUUUGUUUGUCGAAAACACCCUACGGAACCACUGCGGCAGGCUCUCUUUUACACCUUCCCGGAUAAGACGGAGUGGUCUACAGGGGAUAUGUACAAGAAGCAUCCCACGAAGCCGAACCAUUGGCUCUAUAAUGGCCGUACAGAUAACGUUAUCGUCUUUUCGAACGGCGAGAAGCUCAAUCCUGUCGACAUUGAGGCCGCUGUUGUCGGCCAUCCCGCUAUUAGGGCCGCCCUUGUAGUCGGGCAACAAAGGUUCCAGCCCGCUCUCAUCUUGCAGCCAAACGAACACCCAAAAGAUGAAGCGGCCAGAGAAGCCCUCAUCAACAGUGUGUGGCCAAUUGUGGAAGAGGUCAACAAGGUCACCGUGGCCCAUGGAAGGAUUUCUCGCAAUAUGAUUGCCAUCUCAAAUCCUGAGAAACCAUUUUUGCUGUCACCGAAAGGCUCCAUUCAACGAGUCGCGACGGUGAAGCUCUACAAGGACUUCAUCAAUGAGCUAUAUGCGGAUACGGAUGAGGGUAUCGAGAUGGAAGAAGCGCCUUCACUGAAUAUAUCGAACCUGGAAGCCUUGACACAUUCCAUUGUGGAUAUUGUCAGAUCGCAAGUUGGCAAAGUCGAGGUCGACUCUGAGACGGAUCUUUUCAGUAUUGGAGUCGAUUCGAUGCAGGUCCUUACUCUUUCCAAGAUUCUACGCUCCGCCUUGGAAUCUGCUGGCGUAGCGAUAGACAAGGAUACCGCUGCUGCUCGUGCCAUUUACGCGAAUCCAACAAUCAGUGGCUUAGCGCGGCAUCUAUACUCGACAGUCAUCAGCGGCGACAACGCGGGCGACGCAGAUGAGGGAGAGAUCCGCGCCAUGUCUCGAAUCAUCGAGAAGUAUACUGCCGACCUUCCGCCUCCCAAUAAAUCGCAAUCUCAUCCGUUGGAUGAAGGACAGACUGUCAUCGUCACUGGUACUACGGGGUCCCUUGGUGCCUACAUGCUUGACCAGCUAAUCAAGAAUCCUCGAGUGGCCAAGAUUAUUGCUUUCAAUCGUGGUGAGGAUGGAGGACGCUCCCGCCAGUCAGCCUACAAUGCUACCCGAGGGCUGAGCACGGAUUUCUCCAAAGUCGAGUUCCUCGGUGUCGACCUCUCUAAACCACUGUUCGGCCUCACUCAGGCCCAGUACGACGAUAUCUCGGCCACGGCCGAUCGUAUCGUUCACAAUGCAUGGCCUGUUAACUUCAACAUCAGCGUUACUUCGUUCGAGCCAUACAUUUUCGGUGUCCGUCAACUCGUCGAAUUUUCGAAUAAGGCAGCUAAGAGAGUUCCAAUAAUUUUCAUCUCGAGCAUUGGAACCGUGAAUGGCUGGACGAAGCAGGAGCCCGUCCCCGAGCAUCGCCUCGAUGAUCUAACGCUGCCAAAAAUGGGCUACGGCCGGUCAAAAUAUGCUGCCAGCUGCAUUCUGGACGCGGCUGUUGAGAAAUCUGGCAUUUCGGCCGCCAUCAUUCGAGUCGGGCAGAUUGCUGGUCCGCGAACCAAGGAAGGCGUCUGGAAUCCCCAGGAAUUCAUCCCGAGUCUGAUUGCAAGCUCGGUCCACCUCGGCAUGCUGCCAGCCAGUCUCGGACCUAUGGACGUUAUAGAUUGGACGCCAGUGCAAGACAUUGCUGGAUUAGUUUUGGACAUUGCUGGAGUCACCCAAAGGGUUCCCCUGUCAGAUAUUUCGGGAUAUUUCCACGGAGUCAAUCCGUCCGCUACGAGCUGGGCUGAUCUGACAAGGAUUCUCAAAAGCUACUAUGGAGAUCGCAUCAAGGCCAUCGUCCCUCUGGAUGAGUGGAUUCGUGCCCUUGAAGCAAGCGCUGUGAAUGCUACAGCCGAGGAUGCGGAGAAGAACCCCGGAAUCAAGCUGAUUGACACUUACAAAGGAAUGGAUGAACAAAGAAGAGCAGGUAUCGGUCACGCUUACCUUGACAUGACAAGGACUGUGGCACACAGUCAGACCAUGAGGAGCCUUGGGCCAGUUGAUGAGGAGCUGAUGAAGAACUGGUGUGACCAGUGGAACUAUUGA